UGUUCUUUUGCCAUCGUGUGCAGUCGCUCUCGCUCCCGUUAUUCGCCGUUCUGGGAUUCCCGCUGGCGGACUCUAGUGACAAUAUCACCUUGAUAAUCCUUUUGAAAAAUGUGAGAGCCUCCAAGGAUACAAAGUGCAACCAAAAUAACGGUUAACUUAGCUAGUGCGCAAUAUUAGUGGCCUAAAAAUAGCAAAGAAAAUAUUAUCGAAAAUAGCAGACAUGCCGUGUUUUUGUGCCUCUGUGUGUGCGUGAGUGUCUGCGAGUGAAGUGGAAAUUUAAAAAUAAAACAACGCUGGGACACAAGUGAAAUCCGUCAGUAUUGUAUUGGCCAACUGCCCAGAAAAACUCCAGGAACAUCGCCAACGCCAAAGGAUAAAUUGUAAAGGAUAAACAAGGACAGUGACUAGUCGACGGUUGUGUGACAUGCUAGCAGCAGUUAUGGCAUCGGACAUCAACUGGGAUCCAGCUCUAUCAAAAUUGAUCAGUACACUCAAGGAGUCGGAAAAUCUGUCCAAUGACCAGGAGAUUGACUUCCUGAAGGCGCUGCUGGAGUCCAAAGAGCUGAAUGCCCUGGUCAAUGUCCACACGAAGGUGGCCAAGGUGGGGCGGGAUGAUCGACUAGCUCCCGUGCUCUCCACCUCCGCCCAAGUCCUGUACGAGGUCCUGGAGCAGCUGUCCCAGCACUGCCACCUCAAUGACGACUGCAAGGAGGCCUUCCACCUCCUGCAGGACUCUCAUGUCCAGCACCUCCUGUUUGCCCACGAUGCCAUUGCUCAGAAGGACUUUUACCCGCAUCUGCCGGAGGCGCCUGUCGAAAUGGACGAGGAUGAGGAGACCAUCAAGAUUGUGCAGCUCGUGAAGAGCAACGAGCCCCUGACAGGAGCACAGAGUGCGGAGCCAAUUGUUGGGGCCACCAUAAAAACGGACGAGGAAACGGGCAAGAUAAUCAUCGCGAGAAUCAUGCACGGCGGAGCUGCAGAUCGCUCCGGAUUGAUACACGUCGGCGACGAGGUCAUCGAGGUCAACAACAUCAAUGUGGAGGGCAAGACGCCUGGCGAUGUGCUCACCAUAUUGCAAAACUCCGAGGGCACCAUUACCUUCAAGCUGGUCCCCGCGGACAACAAGGGCGCCCAGCGCGAGUCCAAGGUGCGGGUGCGGGCCCACUUCGACUACAAUCCGGAUGUGGAUCCCUACAUACCGUGCAAGGAGGCGGGGCUGGCCUUCCAGCGUGGCGAUGUGCUGCACAUUGUGGGCCAGGACGAUGCCUACUGGUGGCAGGCGCGCAAGGAGCACGAACGCUCGGCGAGAGCGGGCCUGAUUCCCAGUCGGGCGCUCCAGGAACGCCGCAUCCUCCACGACCGAUCGCAGAAGGAUGGCAUUGAUCUGGACUCGAAGCCCGGAUCAUGCGCCUCACUCUGCACCACCCCACCUGGUUCCCCGCGUCUGCCUGCGAGCAGCAGCAGCUCCUCCUGCCGCCAGCCCAAGACUAAAAAGAUCAUGUACGAUUUGACAGAGAACGACGACUUCGAUCGCGAGCAGAUCGCCACGUACGAGGAGGUGGCCAAGCUGUAUCCCCGGCCAGGAGUCUUCAGGCCCAUAGUGCUCAUCGGAGCUCCCGGAGUGGGUCGCAACGAGCUGCGCCGCCGGCUGAUAGCCCGGGAUCCCGAGAAGUUCCGCAGCCCGGUGCCCUACACCACCCGACCAAUGCGCACCGGAGAAGUGGCCGGACGCGAGUACAUCUUUGUGCCGCGCGAGAAAAUGGACGCGGACAUCGAGGCGGGCAAGUUCGUGGAGCACGGCGAGUACAAGGGUCAUCUGUAUGGAACCUCGGCGGAAAGCGUCAAGUCAAUCGUGAAUGCAGGAUGUGUUUGUGUGUUGAGUCCGCAUUACCAGGCGAUCAAGACUCUGCGCACGGCCCAGCUGAAACCGUUCCUCAUCCACGUGAAGCCGCCAGAGUUGGACAUCCUAAAGGCCACGCGAACGGAGGCCAGGGCCAAGUCCACCUUCGAUGAGGCGAAUGCCAGGAGUUUCACCGACGAAGAAUUCGAUGAUAUGGUCAAGUCGGCCGAACGCAUUGAUUUCCUGUACGGACACUUCUUCGACGUGGAACUGGUCAAUGCAGAACUGGUCAACGCCUUCGAGCAGCUGGUCCAGAAUGUGCAGCGUCUGGAGAACGAGCCAAUAUGGGCACCAUCCAUGUGGGUGCAGUAGGAGUAGUAGGAGGAUGCCAAAUGUGGAGAAGCAUUUCAUGCAAUUUGUUAAACAACACAACACCAAAGUAUUUUUGCCAUACGAAUUUAGCAAUCUGCUAGAGAGACGAAGGAGGAGAGACACUAUUUACCCGUAGGCGGUCCUGCUGGGCACUCCCGUCCGGCCUUAGUCCUUUUCACGACAUGUACCUUUUUGCGUAACAGUGAAAACAAAGAAAUGAAUACAAUAAUAAACAAAAAGAGAAGGAAAUUUAAACUCAUCCAGCAUCUAUCUUACGAUUACGAUAACAAUUAAAUUAUAAAAAACUUGUUGUACAAAAUUUAUUUGUGUUCAAAAAUGGACUAAAUUAUAAAUGUAUUUAUUACACGUUGUUGAAAUCAAAGAACAGAGUUAAUCCCCCCGUAACCCUAACGCUAACCGUAUUGUAUCUCAAUUGUAUAUACACUCACUCACUAACUAGAGCAUAUUGGAUACAAUGUGACAUUCUGUGUAAUAUGUCUGAUUUCAUCAAAACGUAGUGACAAAUUGUUGAAAACAAGUGAGAAAUUAAUAAAAACCUAUUUUAAAUGCGAUCAA